GGUCAGCUGCCUUGUAUGAAAACGCUUCCUGGUUAGCGAAUGAAAUCAGAUAUUAGCGUGUUUUCUCCAAUAAACCAAUAUUAAUGCAAGCCGCCGUUGCGUAAAGCUUAGAUUUCAGUAGACGUGAUCCGGGACAACCGCAGCUGUGAAUAUGAACACGGAGAAAGACUUUUCGCCUCUGACGCCCAACAUUGUCAGGGCUCUGAAUGAUAAACUGUACGAGAAGAGGAAAGUCGCAGCUCUUGAAAUAGAGAAGCUGGUACGCGAGUUUGUGGCUCAGAACAACUCUACCCAAAUCAGACAUGUGAUCCAGAUCUUGGCCUCGGAAUUUGCUCUCUCUCAACAUCCCCACAGUCGGAAGGGGGGUCUAAUUGGACUCGCGGCUUGCUCCAUCGCCCUCGGAAAGGACUCAGGUCUGUAUCUGAAGGAGCUCAUAGAGCCCGUACUCACGUGCUUCAAUGACUCAGACAGUCGUUUGCGCUACUACGCUUGUGAAGCUCUUUAUAACAUAGUUAAGGUGGCCAGGGGAGCCGUUCUGCCCCACUUCAACUUGCUUUUUGAUGGCCUCAGCAAGCUUGCAGCAGAUCCAGACCCCAAUGUCAAAAGUGGAUCUGAACUCUUGGACAGACUGCUGAAAGACAUUGUUACAGAGAGUAACACAUUUGACUUAGUGGCUUUUGUUCCCCUGCUGAGAGAGAGGAUCUACUCAAAUAAUCAGUAUGCCAGACAGUUUAUUAUUUCUUGGAUUCACGUCUUGGAGUCUGUGCCAGAUAUAAACUUGUUAGACUAUCUCCCAGAGAUCCUGGAUGGACUCUUUCAGAUCCUCGGUGAUAACAGCAAGGAGAUCCGUAGGACAUGUGAGGUGGUACUAGGAGAGUUUCUGAAGGAGAUUAAGAAGACGCCAUCCAGUGUGAAAUUUGCUGAGAUGGCCAACAUUCUAGUCAUUCACUGCCAAGUUGCAGAUGAAGCCAAACUCACAAAUGAUCUGAUCCAGCUGACAGCCAUGACAUGGAUGAGAGAGUUUAUCCAGCUAGCAGGCAGAGUGGUUCUCCCAUAUUCCUCUGGCAUCUUAACUGCAGUGCUGCCUUGCCUCUCCUAUGAUGACAGAAAGAAAAACACCAAAGAAGCGGCCAGUGCCUGUAAUCACAGUCUGAUGAAAUUGGUGACUCCUGAGGAUGAUGAGGAUAAUGAGGAGGAAAAAAAUGGAAGCACUGGCUCACCGUCCACAGGUGAUGGCCAGCCCAAAAUGGAGGGAGACAGCAAUGAUAUGCUGAAUGCGUCGCAAGAAUCUGUUGGUUUCAGUAAUAUCAGCUUCUUCACUCCAGCAAGUGCUGAUAGGUCUCAAGUAAAUCUGGAUCUUGAUGGCAUUGUUCAAGUGUUGGACCGCCACCUCCAUGACUCCUCCACUGGCAUGAUGACCCGCAUCGCUGUGCUCAAAUGGCUUUAUCACCUCUACAUCAAGACACCUCGAAAAAUGUUCCGCCAUACAGAUAGCCUUUUCCCCAUUCUGCUUAAAACACUGUCUGAUGAGUCUGAUGAGGUGAUACUGAAAGAUCUGGAGGUUUUGGCUGAGAUAGCGUCAUCUCCUGCUGGUCAAACAGACCAAGCAUCUUCAUGUGACAGCACUGACAACAAACUGAUACUCAAGGUGCCAGAGGGUCCCAAGCCAGGGCAGCAGCCGGGCGCAGGCUCCAAAGCUGUGGACUCCUCCCCUUCCACUCCCAGUAUGAAUUCAUACUUUUACAAGUUCAUGAUCAAUCUGCUGAAGCGUUUCAGUCUGGAGAGGAAGCUGCUGGAGGUCAGAGGUGCUUUCAUCAUCAGACAGCUGUGUCUGUUGCUCCAUGCAGAGAAUAUCUUUCACUCUAUGGCUGACAUCUUGCUGAAGGAAGAAGACCUUAAAUUUGCCUCCACUAUGAUUCAGACCCUCAACACCAUCCUGCUCACUUCUGCUGAGCUUUUUCAGUUGCGCAACCAGCUUAAAGACCUGCACACUCAGGAAAGCUGCGCUUUGUUCUGCUGCCUGUAUCGUUCCUGGUGCCACAACCCUGUGGCCACUGUGUCACUUUGUUUCCUCACACAGAACUACAAACAUGCCUACGAUCUCAUUCAAAAGUUUGGAAAUCUGGAGGUGACAGUAGACUUCCUGAUGGAGGUUGACAAGCUUGUGCAGCUCAUAGAAAGCCCGAUCUUUACCUACCUGCGUCUGCAGCUCUUAGAUGUGGAGAACAACCCAUACCUGAUUAAAGCACUGUAUGGUCUGCUGAUGCUGCUUCCACAGAGCCAGGCCUUCCAGCUUCUCUCCCACCGCUUGAAGUGUGUUCCUAACCCGGAGCUUAUGAGGACCGUGGAUGAAUCAAAGUAUAUGGAUUCUAAACACCAUGUUACAUCUAAACGUGCCUCUCAUUCUCACGUGGAUUACGACGAGCUGCUCCAGCAUUUUGACCGUGUGCAGAGCAAACACCUGGAGGUGCGACACCAGCGUUCUGGACGAGCGUCUGAUCAUCCUGACAGAAAGCUAGUGUAAAGAUACAGUAUUUUGCCACACUGACCUCUGGUAAUUGAAAACAUAGUUGAGUAUGAAAUAAUAUACUUGUACUAAGAAUUAUUAAAUGUUAAUGAUGCCAAAAAGUAUUAAGUAUGUAAUAUUGUCAGAUAAAAACUUGGUUUGCAUUGUCAAAGCUUCAU